AUGCUACCACAGGCUGUCCGCGCAUGCAUCGUCGGUGACUACCAGAACGUCUUCGAUGAGCUUCUGCCGGAUACCGUACCGGAUGCAGCCCUCAUGGCAGAGGCGAAGGAAAGCAGCAAUGCGCACUACGCAAAGGCUCUAACAGAACGUGCUCGAGCGCUCGGUGGCGUCAAAGCUCUCGCGGCACACAAGCAGUGGCAGGAGAACACUCAACGCUCCUUGAUGCACUCUGACAACAUCGUCUUGAGCAAGAUCGAUCCCUCGAAUUUGAUCAGCGAGGUCCCAGGGUUAUACAACGGCUUAUCCUUCAACACCAAAUCCGUCGAGUUAAUGGCUUGUUUGCCAGACGUGUGGAAGCUGCCGCAGGAACCUGUGGCUCCCGUAAGGGUUGAUUACUCAAGCUAG